UUUAGUUCGGUUAAUUUGCCCCUGCCUAAUUGAUGGAAUAAACCAAAUUCCAACCGGUUUAGUUAAACCAGCGUGUGAAGAUCCAAUUGAGAUUGGAAUGCUAAAGUUUCAAUCUUUCUCCUUCACUUUAUUCAAAGCAAUCUUCUUUAUUAUCCUCCAUUGUUGUUUAACUUAAAAGGAAGAUUUUUACUGGAAAAAAAGGUUCUUCUCUUGCUUUCGGAUUUGGGAAAUUGAUGAAAUUAAAAACAUCGCAAAAAUGCAGGAAGCUGUCAUUGAUGUAUCACUCAAUACAAAGAAUGUCUUCUCGUCAGCUCUCCGAUUCGCUAUGUCCAUUGAUACAUUGAAGAACUCUCCUGAGCUUGUUCAUGAGCUCAAAACUUCAGCUCAAGAACAAGUGGAGUUCAUGUUAUCCGAGGACGAAGAGGUACGGUUACUGAUUACUGAAGAGGAAGUGAAAUCGGUUGUACGAUUAGGUAUCUCGAAUGUUAUAUCGAUGUUGUUGGAUAGAUUAUCAUCUUUGCUUGUGAUUCUUCCUGAAUGUACUGAGUUUAGUGUUCUUAAGACACUCUAUGAUAUUGAGUGGCUAUGCAAAGUAUUGCCGAGGAUGGAGUUGAUGAAAGAUCUUGUCUUUAAAUGGGCCGAUGUAUCAAGUGAGAUUCUUGUGAUUGCUCAGAAGUGUAAGUUAGAUUCUAGGAUAUUGGGUGUGAAAGUUAAGCUAGUUGAGGUUACAGGGAAGAUUUUAGAAGCGGUAGGUUAUGGAAUUGUGAUUGUUCCAUCUAAAAGCCGGACUUGUCUUCUGAAGAUAUGGUUGCCUUUCAUAAGGAGAUUAAAGACUUUGGUUGAUGCAGAAGGAUCUGAGUGUGAGUACAGAAUGGAUGAAGAUCUUUGCGAAUUCAUAGAAGGAUCGAUGGUGUCUUUGGUUUUGACAUUGCCUUCGAACGACCAAGCAGAAGUAUUUGGCGAAUGGAUGAGAGGGAUUGGGUUGGAAGGUGUGAAGUUUCCGGAUUUGAGUGAAGCUUUUGAGGUUUGGUGUUAUAGAAGUAAGUCUGCAAAGAGAAGGUUGUUGGAAAGAUGUGAUAGACUUGCAAUUGUAAAUCUUGACCAUUGAAUGUAGUAUAUCGUUUUCAAGAUUCGGGAAACUGGAAAUGCAGAUGUAGCUAAGCAAUUUGAAGUUCCAAGCCUUUCUUCUUCCUCAAGCCGGUCUGCUUAUUUCCAAAGGUUGAAUGAAGAUGGAUAGUAGCGUUGUUCAAUUCACAGUUCACUCACAAUGCCUUGAAACUAGACCCAAGGAAGAUAACCCGAUAAUUUCAACCGUAUUACUGAGAGGAGGGAUCCAAGCCACGUGAAUUCUCACAUUUGUAAUCUUGUUUCAUCUUCCUUGAAUAGUUUGCUGCUUCAUUGUAAUUCUGGAUUGUAGUAGGAGUGACAGAAAGCUCCUGAUUCUUGUAACUUUGAUCCUGAUUAAUGAUAUAAAUGGUGCGGUCUAUGUUUAAGCUAA